UUGGGCAGAUUCUUACACAACUGGUUUCAUAAGCUCAGAUGUGUAAGAAGUUGUGCAAGAAAAAAAAACAAAAAAAAAAACUAACAAAAAACAAAGGGAGACAGUUGUGUUGAACAGAAGAGUGAUCCAGGAAAUCCGCUGGGAAUCGCAUCGGAGGGAAUCCUUUGGGUCGCUGGAGACGUCUUUUUCAUGUGACCAUGUCAGCGUGGAUGAUAGCGGUAGCUCUCGGUAUGGUGGCUCAGUGCCUGGCUCAGCGCUCAGAGCCCAUGUUUGUAUCUGUCACUCAGAGUGUGCUGCCCCCUGACUAUGAGAACAACCCCACUCAGCUGAAUUAUGGUGUGGCUGUCACUGAUGUGGAUGGGGAUGGGGACCUGGAAAUAUUUGUGGCUGGGUACAAUGGCCCAAACCUGGUGCUGAAGUAUGAUAAAGAAAAGAAGAGGUUAAUAAACAUUGCUGUAGACAACCGCAGUUCGCCAUACUAUGCUCUCAGAGACCGACAGGGAAAUGCUAUUGGAGUCACAGCAUGUGACAUAGAUGGCGAUGGGAGGGAGGAGAUCUACGUUCUCAACUCUAAUAAUGCUUUCUCUGGUCGAGCAACAUACACUGAUAAGCUCUUCAAGUUUCGCAAUGGACGUUUUGAGGAUCUCCUAAACGAUGAGAUAAACGAACAGAGAGAUGUGGCGAAUCGAAUGGCAGGUCGUUCAGUAGCUUGUGUGGAUAGAAAGGGAACAGGGCGCUAUGCAAUCUACAUUGCCAACUAUGCCAGCGGGAAUGUGGGGCCACAUGCGCUGAUUGAAAUGGAUGAAAGUGCCAGCGACCUGUCCAUGGGGAUUAUUGCGCUGUCCAACAUGGCAGAGCAGGCCGGAGUCAAGAAGUUUACGGGAGGACGUGGGGUCGUGGUGGGACCCAUAUUCAGCCAGACCCUUCCUGAUAUAUUCUGUGACAACGAGUACAGCCCCAACUUUCUGUUCCGCAACAACGGUGAUGGGACGUUUACAGAUGUGGCUGCACAGGCAGGAGUCGAGGACCCGAUGCAGCAUGGCCGUGGAGUAGCUCUAGCAGAUUUUAAUCGAGAUGGAAAGACAGACAUUGUGUAUGGCAACUGGAACGGGCCACAUCGUCUAUUCCUGCAACUGAACAAUAACCGCAAACAAAGAUUCAAGGACAUCGCUACGCAGAAGUUUUCCAUGCCUUCUCCAGUACGCACGGUCAUCGUAGCAGACUUUGACAGUGACAAUGAGCUGGAGGUCUUUUUCAACAACAUUGCAUAUAGAGGAUCAUCAGCUAACAGAUUGUUUAGGGUGUCUCGAAGAGAAAAUUCUGACCCGCAUAUAGAGGAGCUGAACAUUGGCGAGGCAGCAGAGCCAGAAGGGAGGGGAACAGGAGCUGCUGUGACUGAUUUUGAUGGAGACGGACAGUUAGAUCUGCUGGUAACACAUGGCGAGAGUGCAGCACAGCCUAUCUCUGUGUACCGAGUGAACCAAGGAUCAUCUAACAGAUGGCUCCGUGUGAUUCCACGUACUCAGUUUGGUGCUUUUGCUCGAGGAGCCAAAGUGGUCGUCUACACUAAAAGAAAUGGCGUUCACACACGUAUCAUCGACGGAGGCUCCGGAUACCUGUGUGAAAUGGAACCUGUAGCUCACUUUGGACUUGGGAAAGACGUGGCCACCAAUGUGGAGGUGUACUGGCCAGAUGGACAGUCUGUGGCCAAACCAUUGGAGCUCAGUGACCUGAACACAGUUAUGGAGAUCAACUAUCCAACAUCUGAGGAGGAAGUGACCCCAGCAGUCGAGAUUGAGUGUGGACAUGGAUUUUUUGUUAAUGAGAAUGGCCGAUGCACUGAUCAGGAUGAGUGUACACAGUUUCCCUCUGUGUGUCCUCGUGAGCGUCCUGUCUGUACCAAUACAUAUGGGAGCUUCAAGUGCCGCUCGAAGAAGAAGUGUAACCAGGGCUAUGAGUCCAACGAUGAGGGAUCAGCCUGUGUGGGAGGCCUUUCAGCAAGCUAGAUGGCCUGAUGCAAAUGUUUUGGUAAUUAACAAGCAAGUGUUUUCUUCAAUGGGAUAACGGCAGCAUGUUUUGUAUUUGCUAGUUAUAUUAAGUCUUUACAAACUUAAUCUACAAGAUUGUUAUUUCUUCAGUGUUCACAUUUAUGUUUGUAUUGUUCUGGAGACCACAUGUUUUAUUUCCUGUCUAGAUUUGCUUUCUGUCAUUUCAAACCUUAUCUUAAAGCCUUUUGAAACACAACUGUUUCUUAAGACAUCUAAUGUUUUGUUUUCAUUUCAAUUUGGGCUGUUAAUCGCAGCUCAACAUGUUUGACCUCUUCUGAAAUCUUGCAGCAGGAUGUAAUGUUGAGUAGCUUUGCUUUCUGCACACCAUAUUGACUGCACUGAAGAAACAUGUGUUCAUUUUGCAGAAAAUUAGCUUCUUACUGAAGUAUGCUAACAGUAGUGAUUGCUAGAAGAUAAGAAACCUGCAUUCUUCUAUGCUAGGUUGUUAAAACAUGUCUGUACGGUGUGGACAUAGUCAGCAGUGUCAAACUGUAGCAUUUGUAUCAAUGAAUGUAUACAAUGUUUUAUUUUCGCUGCAUGUUUGUUUAGAGGACUGGACAAAUGAUACUGGUCCCCUUUAAGAUUUGCAGGGACACAUGUAGAGAAACUGUUGGUGAUUGGGCAGCAUAUGCUCAGCCAUCUGUUUCAGACAAGGCUAGAGUGUGUAAAACUGUACAUUACAAGCAUAAGCAUCUCCACCGUGGGUAUUCAUGUAAACUUUCUGAUAGUCCAAUUAUAUAAAAUCCUCUUCUCACAAAGGUCUGGAUAAAUGGGGAACAUAUCUGCUGAAUGGUGACAUUUCACAGUUAAACCAUUAAUGAUUUGUUUACACAGUUGAGAGAAGUGGUUAUGCUUUGUUUUGCAUGAAUGCUUCACAUUAUCACUUGAACACAUUGGUUUUAAAAUUGAAGCUUGAAAACAACAAUUCUUCGUGACUUUCUCUAAGCAUUCUAAAGCCAUGUUGUCAUUUGUAGAAGGUUAAAGAUAAAAAUAAAAUAUAAAAAAUAUAUAUCAGUGAAAGUCUUUGAAAAGACAUCAAUUUCUAAUACAUGUAAAUUGUUUAAUGUGGAUAUAUGCAAAAAAAAAAAACCCACAAUAAAGAAUUU